CUCGGAGCUGGCAGACACUGGGGGGAACAUGGCGGCGGCGGAGCUGGCUGUCCCGGCGCUCCCCAACAGCGGCGGGGCGGGGGCGCCGUCGGGUACGGUCCCCGUGCUUUUCUGCUUCUCGGUCUUCGCGCGGCCCUCGUCCGUGCCGCACGGCGCGGGCUACGAGCUGCUCAUCCAGAAGUUCCUCAGCCUGUAUGGCGACCAGAUCGACAUGCACCGCAAAUUCGUGGUGCAGCUCUUCGCCGAGGAGUGGGGCCAGUACGUGGACCUGCCCAAGGGCUUCGCGGUGAGCGAGCGCUGCAAGGUCCGCCUCGUGCCGCUUCAGAUCCAGCUCACCACCCUGGGAAAUCUCACACCUUCAAGCACUGUGUUUUUCUGCUGUGAUAUGCAGGAGCGAUUCAGACCAGCCAUCAAAUAUUUUGGGGAUAUUAUUAGCGUGGGACAAAGAUUGUUACAAGGGGCCCGAAUGUUAGGAAUUCCAGUUAUUGUAACAGAACAGUACCCUAAAGGUCUUGGAAGCACCGUUCAAGAAAUUGACCUAACAGGUGUAAAACUGGUCCUUCCGAAGACCAGGUUUUCAAUGGUAAUACCAGAAGUAGAAGCAGCAUUAGCCGAGAUUCCUGGAGUCAGGAGUGUUGUAUUAUUUGGAGUAGAAACUCAUGUGUGCAUCCAGCAGACAGCUCUGGAACUAGUGGGCCGAGGUAUUGAGGUUCAUAUUGUUGCUGAUGCCACCUCAUCGAGAAGCAUGAUGGACCGGAUGUUUGCUCUUGAGCGUCUUGCUCGAACCGGGAUCAUAGUGACUACGAGUGAAGCUGUUCUGCUACAGCUGGUGGCAGAUAAAGACCAUCCAAAAUUCAAGGAAAUUCAGAAUUUAAUUAAGGCGAGUGCUCCAGAGUCAGGCCUGCUUUCCAAAGUAUAAGGACAUUUGAAGGUCUGGUAUGCUGCUCACCAUCAGGUGACAGGACUGUAAGCCUGGACAAGCUCUUGUCUCUACUAGAAUUAAAAUGUUAAAGUCAAAACUUGGCUCCUUUUUUGCGCCUCUUAGUCAAACAUAACCACUUAGACCAUUUGGGUACCAACGUUUAGUUACAAAUGUCAAAGGCUUCAGGUGCUGCCUACCUUCUUCUUCUUCUUUUCUUUUUUGGGUUAAUGUGCUUUUAUUUAUUAAAAUAAUUAUAAUGAAGGUGCCUGUUUUGUGUAUAUUGUGUCCACUGGUCAUUAUUUUUUUAACGUGAAUACUCUUGUGACAUUUUCUCAAAUUGUGCACUGUAAAUUAAAAAAAAUGUACCAAUAAUGGUUAGACUUUCAUAGUAUUAUUAAGAUGUCUGUUGUAGCCCAGACUCAGUGCUUUUACUUUUCAGAUAGAUUGAAAUAGGAUUAUUAGGUGAGAAUUUCAAACAGACCUAUGGAUCAUGGUACCCCUUUCUUUCACAAUGCAGUCAGCUUACUUGAGUAAGUAGCGUUGAUCUAACCAAACAAAUGUAUAUUGAAUAAUUAUGUAUCUUUCUUGAUGAUGCUAAUUUUCUUAUUCUAGUCACUAUCACUCAUUUUCUGUUAAU